AUUUAGAGUCAUAGCAAGAAAUGCUAUCGGCACAGUGAGCCCACCCUCUCAGUCUUCUGGAUAUGUCUUAAUCAGAGAUGAGAGCUUUUCUCCAAACAUUGAGUUUGGACAGGAAUACUUUGAGGGAGUCUCUAUUAAAGCUGGAGAAAUCAUCAGGCUAAAAGUAACAAUCAAAGGAAGACCUACACCAAAAGUUACCUGGUACAGAGAUAAUAUUGAAUUAACCAAGAAAAUGGUUGAUAUCACAACAAUUUCUGGAUCAAGUACCCUCUUUAUCAGAGAUGCUGACCGUAGUCAUCGUGGUCUUUAUACUGUGGAAGCCAUAAAUCCCUUAGGAUCUAAAAAGGAAUCAGUGAAAGUUAAAGUCUUUGAUACACCUGGUGAACCUGUUGGACCAAUCACAUUCUCAAAUAUAUCUGAGGGCAAAGUAACACUUUCAUGGAAUCCACCUGAGAAUGAUGGUUGUUUUGAGGUCACUCAUUACAAUGUUGAGAAACGUGAAACCUCUAAAAUUUCAUGGGCACUUGUUACGGACGAGUGCUUGGCAAGCACAUACACUGCCACCAAACUGAUCAAGACAAAUGAGUAUCAGUUCCGUGU